AUACAUAAAUACUUUUCGGAAUCACAAAAUCUCUCUUCUUUCUUCAUCCUGUGCGCAGUGGGCAGUGCACUCCUCAUAUUUUCUGCAGUUCGCGUUUUGAUUGUUCUCUUCCUCGAAAAACCCUAGAUUGCCUUACCUCACGAUCUUCCCCGGCUCUCUCUCCUUCUUUCCAAUCGGUGGUCCACCCUAGUUUUUUUUUAGUAAAUUUUUCUCCUUAGUUUCAGCCAGGGGAGGCGAAGAGCGACCGAUCGGAGUAAUAUGGACGAUAGUUGUGCUGUGUGUGCUGAUACCUUGGAAUGGGUUGCCUACGGCGCCUGCGGCCAUCGCGAGGUCUGCUCUACCUGCGUCGUUCGUCUCCGCUUCAUCUGCGAGGAUCGGCGUUGCUGCAUCUGCAAGACGGAGUCCGACGUCGUUUUUGUCACUAAGGCUCUUGGAGACUAUACGAGGAUGAUUAAUAACUUCGCAGUCCUUCCAUCUGAACCUAGGGAGGGCAGGAAUGGGUCAUAUUGGUACCAUGAAGAUACACAGACAUUUUUUGAUGAUCUUGACCACUACAAGAUGAUCAAGGCAAUGUGCAGACUCUCGUGCAGCGUAUGUGACAAUAUGGAGGAGACAAAUGAUGGUACAAAGCGGCGCUCCGGGUAUAGGAACAUUGAACAGCUGAAGGGUCAUUUGUUUCACAAACAUAAGUUGUUUAUGUGCAGCCUAUGUUUGGAAGGGAGGAAGGUAUUUAUUUAUGAACAGAAGCUGUAUUCUAGAUCACAACUUAAUCAGCACAGCAGCACAGGGGACUCUGAGGUUGAUGGUAGUGAAAGUGAAAGAGGUGGCUUUAUGGGUCAUCCCCAAUGUGAAUUUUGCAAGUCAUCAUUCUACGGUGAUAAUGAAUUAUACUCACAUAUGUCCAGGGACCAUUAUACCUGUCAUAUAUGCGAAAGGCAGCACCCUGGACAAUAUGAGUACUACAGAAAUUAUGAUGACCUAGAGAUGCACUUUCGUGGAGACCAUUUCCUCUGUGAGGAUGAGUCAUGUCUUGCCAAAAAGUUUGUUGUUUUUCAAAGUGAUUCAGAAAUGAAGAGGCAUAAUACCAUCGAACAUGGUGGGUGUAUGUCCCGUUCGAAGCGAAAUGCUGCUCUACAGGCAUGUAUAUGUUUCCAUAUACUUUUAAUUCAAUUCCGGGUGUCUGGUUCUACUUACUCUAUACUAUUUAUACCAACCAGCUUCCGGUUUCAUCGUGAACAAGAUGCCCGUCGUGGAAGGGGCCGCCCAUCUGGACGUGAUGAUUCUGAUAACCAACUUUCCAUGGCAAUUCAGGCAAGCCUCGAUACAUCCUACGCUGAUUCCCCAUUGCCAUCAUCUGGUACACAAACAACUGAUCUUGGAGAUGAUGUUAAUAUGGAUAUACUCUCUGAGCCUCUAGACUCAUUAGAUUUAUCAGACUCAUCCAUCCGUUCAAGAUAUCUUCAAGCAUUAGGGCAUAGUAGGAAUGCAGCUGUGCAGCAAUCCGCCUUUCCUCCCCUUGCUACGGGUUCCAAUAGUAGUAGUAGCCAGCAGCAGAAGACCACACAAGAACCAGAAGGUUUACCAAACAACAGUAUGGCAGCCCAUCUCAGACGCAAGAACAAAAAGGCAACUGUUGUCAACUCAGCCAAGGGAUGGGCGACAACCCGUGUGCCGCUCUCUGGUAGUGUUAGUUCUAGUUCAUCGCAAUGGCCCGCGAUAAUUAAUAAUGUAUCAUCAAGCUCUCACAGUGUUUCUAUUGCACCUCUUCCACUUUCAAGUCAUGCAAGUCCACCUGUAUCAAUUCCUGGAUAUAUCUCUGCUGGCAAUCUUGUGAGCACCAAUAGCAGAAUGAGUCAUUCUGCAUCAGCCCCAAGUCUCGCUGAGAGUAGUAGAUUACUUAAAAAGCCCUCUGCUUUAGAUUUCCCUCCAGUUUCUGCAAUGCAAGUUAACAAAGCACCCUUGGGGGGUCAGCAGCAGGCUGUGCUUAGUGCUGGAGAUGUUCACACUGCAAACAAAUCUUUGGUUGAGAAAAUACGCGACGUGCUACAUCAUGACGAGGCAAAGUAUGCUUCGUUUAAAGAGAUUUCCGGUCAGUACCGCCAGGGUUCCGUUGACACUGAAAAAUACUUGGUAUUUGUGCGGCAGUAUGGGUUGUCUCAUCUUGUUCUUGAGUUGGCCAGACUUUGCCCUGAUCCCCAGAAGCAGAAGGAGCUGGUUGACACCUAUAACGCUGCCAGUUUGGGAAGGAAUGGCCGCCAGGAAAAGGGUAAAGACACUAAUAUAAAGGGCAAGGGGAUAUAUUCUGAAGGCAACAGCAGCGCAAGGGAUAAAUUAACUGAUAACAUUAUGAACACGGUUCGGACACUGCAGUCGCAACAACAGAAAACAGUGGAGGAAGAGGUGGUCGAGGUCUUAUCCAAGGAUGGUUAUCGGAACUCUAAAGGCACGUCGAGGUUAAUUAUUGAGAAGCAAGGCUGGGAAUCAGGUGGUCAACCUUGGUCCACAUUAUCUGGCGAUGGAUUUAGUUCUCAUCCGAGUUCGAAGGACGGGGUUAGUGAAAAUAUGAAAAAGAAGAAAACUUCGAAGUUCCAUAGGGCGAGACUGGGUGAUGGGUCAAUUGCAGCGAUCUUAGACAAGAACAAUUCUGACCCUGACCCGGAUCCAGGUUUAGUAGGGAAAGCAUCUUCGGAUGGAACCAAUAGUAAUGGAGCUGCGGGAGGGUUGCCUGUGCGUGGGGUUUGGAGGAAAGGAGGAAGUAAAAAGCUCUUUGCAUAAGCAGCACAUAGAUACAGCCGGUGGAAAUACCAGAUUAACUUCGAAUGGGGAAGUAAAUGCACAGAUGUCUUUUGGGUUGUCAAUGUGUUCUGUAAAUGAGGAUCAGAUUGCGUUUAUCAGUUUCAUAAAAAAAAAAAAAAAAUGAGGAUCAGAUUGCAGAGGUGAGUAAAUUUUGCACCUUGUUUCUUGCCAAGGAUGAUGUUGAUGUCUUUGAGUUGAGAAGUAUUUUCUGAUUUGCUUGUUUGAUUCUGGUUGUAGUGGUGAGUGAGUUCUUCGUGGGUUGGUGACAAAUGUUUAUAGAAUUGGUCAAUUGGACAUUGAAGAGGCACGCAGUUUUCUUUGUUGCCGUUC